ACUAUGAGGUCCUUCCCCUGGAAAGUCACACCAGCCUGCCCCCCUCGCGCGCCCGACGCAGAGGUUUACAAGAAUCUCAGCAAUCCAAGGGGAAUAGUUUACGUUUUCAACUACUACUUCUCAGACACACGGAACGCUCGUCUUGGGGCAGCGGUGGAUACGUACAACCUGAAAGAACUGUUUCUCAGAAUGGGCUACCGCGUGAAGGUGCAUGAAGAACUAAGCAAAGAGGCAACAGAAGAGAAACUCUGCGCCAUUCAGACCGACUCUGAGCUGGAACGUUACGACUCGUUUAUCAUGAUCUUCUUGAGUCACGGCAAAGACGACACGCUCUUCUACACGAAAGACCAAGAGAUGAUGAGUCUCGAUGACGUGCGCUACUUCUUCGUCGAUGGCAAAUGCCCGAGCCUGAAGAAGAAACCCAAGCUGUUUUUGGCGAGUUUCUGUCGAGGAAAAGUCGAGGAGACCAGGGAGUACGAGACCGAUUACUCCGGCUCGGACGAGACCGCGGAAGCUCCUCAGGAUAUGGUAACGAUAUAUGCCAGCAUCAAGAAAUUUAAGGCAGUGAGAGACCCCAAACUGGGCACCGUCUUUGUGCAGGCGCUGUGUCAGGUCCUCGCUGACUAUGCGCACGAACUGGAGCUUCAAGAUCUGUACCGCAAACUUUGCUCAGCCAUGAGGGACCGGGAAGGUACCACACCCGAAUAUCAAAAUUAUUUCUUUAAGAAGUUUUUCUUUAACCCGCUUGUCAUUGAAGGACCUUAAGAAGCAUAAGAAGAGCUGGGAUAAGUCACUGCUACAGGAAGAUCUUCACUCUCCAAGAAAGUCCUUUCAUCAUAAAAAAAAAAAAAAACAUUUGCUGCUUAACUAAAGAUUGUGUGGAAUGUGAUGUUUUUGUUAUGGCAUAUAGACAUUGAAAAAAAUCCAUUAUAUAAAACUAAACUUGUGCGUAUAUUCUGCUUUUAUUUUAUUUCAGCUUUUAACUCUUGUUCAUUUGUUCAGCACACGCCGGUGAACGGGUUUUAAGUCGGGCAUUACAUACUUGUAUUAAUCAUAAAUAUAUGUUUGGUUUCUUGCUCUAUCCUUAUAGCUUUUGGGAAGUGUCCAUUAUACAAAAGAAAAGUCGAUUGAUAAUUGAUGAUUCAAUAUUAAAAAAAGGGAAAUAAACAGCCACCGAAAA